AUGGCGGCUCCCAGCGGCCGCCGGCCGCAGCCCGCGGGGCCGGGCGGGGGGAGCGGCCCAGGGGCCGGGGCUCUUCGGGGCGCCGACGAGGACGCCGAGGGGCUCUACGUGGCGGUGGAGCGGUGCCCGCUCUGCAACACCACGCGCCGCCGCCUCACCUGCGCCAAGUGCGUCCAGAGCGGCGACUUCGUCUUCUUCGACGGGCGCGACUCCGAGAGGUUUUCAGACAAGAAAGAAAGGCUGAUGCAUCUUAAAACCAAACAGAGAGAAUUCCAAAAACAUGUUUUGAAGGCCAUGGAAGGGAAAGAGAUAACUGAUCAGCUGAGAUGGAAAAUAAUGUCCUGCAAGAUGAGGAUUGAGCAGCUGAAACAGACCAUUUGCAAAGAAAAUGACGAAAUGACAAGACACACGGAGGGGCUGCUGAGGAUCAAGGAGGAGAACCAGAAGCAUUAUCGCCGGGCUCAGCGGCACCAGGAGAAGAAGGAGAAGAUCCAGAGGCACAACCGCAAGCUGGGGGACCUGGUGGAGAAGAAAACCUACGACCUGAAAACCCAGUACGAGCACCUGGCAAACCUGCGCAGGACACACAUCCUGGAGCUCACCUCGGUCAUCUUCCCCAUUGAAGAAGUGAAGACAAGCAUGAGAGACCCCGCGGACGUGUCGUCCGAGAGUGACAAUGCCAUGACCUCAAGCACUGUGAGCAAGCUCGCGGAGGCCCGGAGGACCACGUACCUCUCUGGGAGGUGGGUGUGUGAUGACCACAACGGGGACACCAGCAUCAGCAUCACGGGGCCCUGGAUCACCCUCCCCAACAACGGAGACUACUCGGCCUACUACAACUGGGUGGAAGAGAAGAAGACCACACAAGGACCCGAUAUGGAGCAUAAUAACCCUGCUCAUACCAUCAGUGCUGCAUUGUGCUAUGCAACUCAGCUUGUUAACACUUUGUCUCUCAUACUUGAUGUAAACCUUCCCAAGAAGCUCUGCAACAGCGAAUUCUGUGGAGAGAAUCUCAGCAGACACAGGUUCACACGGGCAGUGAAGAAGCUGAAUGCUAAUAUCCUUCACCUUUGCUUCUCUCAGCAUGUAAAUUUAGAUCUGCUGCACCCACUGCACACCCUCAGGAACCUUAUGUACCUGGUCAGCCCAGACACUGAGAACUUGGGCAGGUCUGGGCCUUUCGAAAUCAGCGCUGAUCUCGAGGACUCCAUGGAGUUCGUGGAUCCCAGCGCCGCCGGCGAGACGGACGAGAGCGGCGACGAGCACGUGAGCGACGAGGAGACGGACCUGGGCACAGACUGGGAGAACCUGCCGAGCCCCAGGUUCUGCGACAUCCCCUCGCAGCAGGUGGAGAUGCUGCAGAGCCAGAGCACCCAGGUGUCCCAGCCCAUCGCCAGCAGCAGCGCCGGCGGGAUGAUCUCGUCGGCCGCCGCCUCGGUGACCUCGUGGUUCAAGGCCUACACCGGGCACCGCUAACCAGGGACAAAGGGUCACAGGAGCUGUGGAAGGAACCCCUCCCCGACAAUGCUGUAGGAAACCUUACAUAUUCAGUUAAGUAGUGCCUGGAACAAAGAAAAGGUCAAGGACUUUUGUUUUGUAAACCGGAAAAAAAAAAAAAAACAACAACACCUUUUUAUUUACCCAAGGUGACUGUGACGGACCCGUUUUGUAAAUUAGCUCCUGACGGAUUCUCUGGGGGCACUUUGUGUCUUGGUUCUGUCUGCAUUGAAUAUCAAAGGACCCAGCGACCUCCAGCUCUACUUUCUGAAGAAGACACAGAUUUUGGAGCAUUUGGAUCGGGAUGGGCGCAGAGGAGGCUGCUCAGGGCGCGGUCUGGACAGUGGUGCAAAUGCAGUUCCCACUUUCUUAACUCCUUACAGGGUUUUCCUGUGUGUGUGUGUUUUAAAUCUGUCUUGCAUAAUGCAGAAAUGCGUAUUUCUAAAUUUUUUUCAUUCAGGACAUGAAAAUUAUGCAUUUUUAACAUGUUUUCUAAUCUCUGUUGCCAUAUUUUUAAUACAAAGAAUCAGCAUGGGCAGGGAAUUCACACAGCAAAGUUGCUCUUGUUUUAGAUUUGGUUGUGAAUCUUUUACCCAGUUUUGCCGUAGAAAAACUGGCUUGUUUCAUGCUGUUUCCACUGGUAGGUGUUCUAGAAGUUUCGUGUUGUGCUGUCCAAGGCACACAGGCUCUUUACUCUUAAUAUCAUACACCAAAGAAACACUGGACGUUCUCUUCGCUAGACCCACAUUCGAUGCUGAUCCGGGAUUGCGUUGUUGCAAUAAUUUCCAUCCGUUCCCACACCGUCUUGCCAUUUCUCAGCAUUAGAAAAACCUCAUUUCAAGCCAGUUUGGUGAAGUCACAUGCUCUCCACACUACAUGUGUUUUUAACCCUGUUCUGUUUUGUUUAUGGUGGGGUUUUGUGUUUUUUUUUUUUGUUUACUGAAUGCCAAGAAGUUUGAUUUCGUUUCCCUGGCGCAGCUGGCUGGUGAAACCACGGGAGGUGGGAUAUGCCGACAGGUGAGUGGGUGGACAAGUGCUCCUCCCCUUCCUCUGCCUUGUGGGAUGGAGCACUCAUGGAUGGGGCUGCUCAGUGAGGCUCCCAACGUGCAGUUUACAUUUAGGAUUGGGACAUUUUCUCCACAGGGUCAACCAAGGUAAGACCAUCCUCCCCUCCCUGCACGAGGGAGGGUUUCUGCCACUCUGCCCCGUACCCACAUGGGGGGUUCCAGCUGAGUCUCCCCCCCUCCCCAUCCCUUGUAUGGCAGCUCUUUCUCUUUGGCCUUGGGGUUGGACAUCUGUUGUCAGUAGUUACUUUUUCUUUAGUUUUGAUUUUUUUUUUUUUUGAACCAAAGACCCUUAACUCCACACUAGCAACACAGACAUGUUGUUAGAGGACAACACCCUCUCUCCUGCCGCUCUUUUGGUCUAAUAGCUGGGUUUGUUU